ACUUCUCCCCGGGACCGAGCCGCGGUCCAGGCUGGCUGUGCCCUGAAGGGCUGAACAUCGGGCUUCGGCUCUCAUCCUUCUACCCCAGUUCGGGCUCCGGGAGGACCCAGCAGGAGGCGUGGGGUUCUUUCUGAAGUUGUUUUCGGUAGCCUGCCGGGCACUUUGUACACUCUCGGACUGACCUGUCGGAGCCGUAACACUCGGACCAUGCUCACAUCCCGGGCCAGGGGCGUCGCUACCCGAGCGCGCGGAACAGCCAGCUCCCCCAACUUUCAGCCAAUACCUGCGCCGCCGCCCGCGCUGCUGCUGCUGCUCCUGUCUCUGGUAAGCCGCAUCUCCGCUCAGCCCGCUACCCCUGGCCAAACACUGUUGUCCUCGGGUCUCGCGGGGGCUUCAGGGGUGCCUGCGGAAGAGGCUAUUGUGCUGGCGAACCGCGGACUCCGGGUGCCCUUCGGUCGUGAAGUCUGGCUGGACCCGCUGCACGACCUAGUGUUGCAGGUGCAGCCCGGAGACCGCUGUGCGUUGACUGUGCUAGACAAUGACGCGCUGGCCCAGCGGCCUGGCCGCCUGAGUCCCAAGCGCUUCCCGUGCGACUUCGGCUCGGGUGAGGUGCGCUACUCGCACCUGGGCGCGCGCAGCCCGUCUCGAGACCGCGUCCGGCUGCAGUUGCGCUAUGACUCUCCGGGAGGGGCGAUGGUGCUACCUCUGGUCCUGGAAGUGGAAGUGGUGUUCACUCAGCUGGAGGUCGUGACUCGAAACUUACCCCUGGUCGUGGAAGAAUUGCUGGGGAUCAGCAAUGCCCUGGACGCGCGAAGCUUGGAGUUCGCCUACCAGCCCGAGACAGAGGAGUGCCGCGUGGGCAUCCUGCCUGGCCUGAGCGAGCUGCCUCGCUAUGGGGAACUCCUCCACUACCCGCAGGUUCCGGCAGAAGCCAGAGAGGGCGGCGCCGCCGAGCCUCUCCUGAUGGACUGUAGAGCUUUCCAGGAGCUGGGCGUGCGUUACCGCCACACGGCCCCCGGUAGCUCACCCAACAGGGACUGGGUGCCCAUGCUAGUGGUGCUGCGUUCGCGAGGGGCUCCUGUGGGCAGCCCUGCUUUAAAACGCGAGCACUUCCAGGUGUUGGUGAGGAUCCGCGGAGGGGUGGAGAACACAGCACCCAAGCCCAGUUUUGUGGCCAUGAUGAUGAUGGAAGUAGACCAGUUUGUACUGACCGCCCUGACUCCAGACAUGCUGGCAGCGGAAGAUGCUGAGUCUCCCCCGGAUCUCUUGAUCUUCAACCUCACCUCUUCCUUCCAGCCUGGCCAGGGCUACUUGGUGAGCACCGAUGAUCGCAGCCUGCCCCUCUCCUCCUUCACUCAGAGGGAUCUGAGUCUCCUGAAGAUCGCCUACCAACCCCCCUCUGAAGACUCUGACCAGGAACGUCUCUUCCAGCUGGAGCUAGAGGUAGUGGACCCUGAAGGAGCAGCCUCAGAUCCUUUCACCUUCAUGGUAGUGGUGAAACCCAUGAACACCUUGGCACCGGUAGUCACCCGGAACACUGGUCUGAUUCUUUAUGAAGGACAGUCUCGGCCACUCACGAGUCCUGCAGGCAGUGGGCCGCAAAACUUGGUCAUCAGUGACGAAGACGACCUGGAAGCCGUGCGACUAGAAGUGGUGGCUGGGCUUCGCCACGGGCGCCUUGUCAUUCCGGGUGCUUCCAGCGGCAGCUCUGCUCCCAAGACCUUUACAGUGGCCGAGCUGGCAGGUGGCCAGGUCAUCUACCAGCACGAUGACACAGACGGCUCCCUGAGUGACAACCUGGUGCUCCACAUGGUAGAUGGAGGAAGCAGGCACCAGGUGCAGUUUCUGUUCCCCAUCACCUUAGUACCUGUGGAUGACCAGCCACCUGUUCUCAGUGCCAACACGGGGCUGACGCUGUCAGAGGGUGAAACAGUGCCCAUCUCGCCCUUAGCUCUGAGUGCCACCGACAUGGAUUCAGAUGACUCUCUUCUGCUUUUUGUGCUAGAGUCACCCUCCUCCACCACAGGGCACCUGAUUCUCCGCCAAACUCAUCCUCCCCACGAAGAGCAGGAGCUCACCAGGGACCUCUGGAGCAAGCAGGGAGAAUAUUAUGAGCAAAAAGUGACAGAGUGGCAGCAGAAGGACAUAACGGAGGGGAGAUUGUUCUACCGGCAUUCUGGGCCCCAUAGUCCUGGGCCAGUCAUGGAUCAGUUCACCUUUAGAGUCCAGGAUAACCAUGAUCCCCCUAAUCAGUCUGGACUACAAAGGUUUGUGAUACGAAUUCAUCCUGUGGAUCACCUCCCUCCAGAGCCGGGCAGUGGCUGUCCCCUUCGGAUGGUGGUACAGGAAUCUCAGCUCACACCACUGAGGAAAAAGUGGCUGCGUUAUACCGACCUGGACACAGAUGACCGAGAACUUCGAUACACAGUGACCCAGCCCCCCACGGACACAGAUGAAAACCACUCUCCAGCCCCACUGGGCACACUGGUCCUCACUGACAACCCCUCAGUGGUGGUGACCCAUUUUACCCAAGCCCAGAUCAAUCACCACAAAAUUGCUUACAGACCCCCAAGUCAAGAACUGGGAGUGGCUGCGCGAGUGGCUCAGUUCCAGUUCCAGGUGGAGGACCGAGCUGGGAAUGUGGCACCUGGCACCUUCACCCUUUACUUGCAGCCUGUGGACAACCGGCCACCUGAUGUUCUCAACACUGGCUUCACUGUUCAGGAGAAGGGCCACCAUGUUCUGAGUGAAACUGAGUUGCAUGUGACUGAUGUGGACACUGACAUGGCCCACGUCUCUUUCACUCUUGUACAGGCACCCAGACACGGCCUCUUGCAAGUGUCUGGACAGAUCCUGCCUGUUGGAGGGCUCUUUUACAUAGAGGACAUAAAACAGGGCCGGAUUUCCUAUAUUCAUAAUGGGGAUGAGUCCUUGGCUGAUAGUUGCUCCUUGGAGGUCAGUGACAGACACCAUGUGGUACCCAUCACACUCAGAGUGAAUGUUCGGCCAGUGGACCGUGUGGUACCUAUGCUAAGCUUUCCUACUGGUACUCUAGAAUCCUAUCUAGAUGUUUUAGAAAAUGGGGCUACUGAAAUCACUGCCAGUGUUAUUAAGGGGAAUAAUGAGUACACUGAUGACUUGAUGUUAACUUUUCUGUUAGAAGCUCCACCCUUAUAUGGGGAGAUCUUGGUCAAUGGAGCUCCGGCAGAGCAGUUCACCCAAAGGCACAUCUUGGAAGGUUCUGUUGUCUAUGCCCACACCAGUGGUGAGAUUGGCUUGUUGCCCAAAGUGGAUUCUUUUAACCUGAGUCUGUCAGCUAUGUCUCAAGAAUGGAGAAUCAGUGGCAAUACUAUCCAGGGUGUCACUGUAUGGGUGACCAUCCUCCCUGUGGACAGUCAGUCUCCCAUAAUUUCUGUGGGUGAACAGUUUAUAGUAUUGGAAGGUGACAAAAGUGUUAUUACUUCAACACAUAUAAGUGCUGAAGAUAUUGACUCCCUGAAUGAUGACAUCUUGUGCACAAUAGUUAUUCAGCCCACUUCAGGUUAUGUUGAAAACAUUUCUCCAGCUCCAGGUUCUGAGAAAUCAAGAGCAGGGGUUGCCAUAAGUGCCUUCUCUCUGAAAGAUCUCAGGCAGAGCCACAUUAACUAUGUCCAGAGUGUCCAUAAAGGGGUGGAACCUGUGGAAGACCGAUUUGUAUUUCGUUGUUCUGAUGGCAUCAACUUUUCAGAGAGACAGUUUUUUCCCAUUUUAGUCAUUCCUGCCAAUGAUGAACAGCCAGAAAUGUUUAUGAGGGAAUUUAUGGUGAUGGAAGGCAUGAGUCUGGUGAUCGAUACACCCAUUCUCAAUGCUGCAGAUGCUGACAUUCCCCCAGAUGAUUUAACUUUCACUAUUACCCAGUUUCCCACUCAUGGUCAUAUCAUGAACCAGCUGAUAAAUGGCACAGUUUUGGUCGAACGUUUUACCCUGGACCAGAUCAUAGAGAGUUCUAGUAUUAUUUAUGAGCAUGAUGACUCUGAGACCCAGGAAGACAGCUUUGUGAUUAAACUAACAGAUGGCAAGCACUCUGUGGAAAAGAUGGCCCUCAUUAUGGUUAUUCCUGUUGAUGAUGAGACUCCCAGAAUGGCCAUCAAUAAUGGACUGGAAAUAGAAAUUGGGGAAACCAAAAUUAUCAACAACAAGAUAUUAAUGGCAACGGACUUAGACUCUGAAGACAAAUCCUUGGUUUAUAUUAUUCGUUAUGGGCCAGACUAUGGCAUAUUACAGAGACGAAAACUGGCAGGUGGCUUUGAAAAUAUCACACUGGGCAUGAAUUUUACCCAGGAUGAAGUGGACAGAAACUUAAUUCAAUAUGUUCAUUAUGGGCAAGAGGGCAUUCGGGACUUAAUUAAAUUUGAUGUGACUGAUGGACUAAAUCCCCUCAUAGAUCGUUACUUUUACAUAUCCAUUGGGAGCAUUGACAUUGUCUUCCCUGAUGUCAUAAGCAAGGGAGUGUCAUUGAAAGAAGGUGGGAAAGUCACUCUCACAACAGACCUACUAAGCACUAGUGACUUGAACAGUCCUGAUGAAAAUUUAGUUUUUACUAUCACCAGGGCUCCCACAAGAGGUCACUUAGAGUGCACAGAUCAAACUGGAGUAUCCAUCACAUCUUUCACUCAGCUCCAACUAGCUGGCAACAAAAUCUACUAUAUCCACACUGCAGAAGAUGAGGUGAAAAUGGACAGUUUUGAGUUCCAAGUCACUGAUGGUCGUAACCCUGUCUUCCGAACAUUUCGAAUUUCCAUUAGUGAUGUGGACAACAAAAAACCAGUGGUCACCAUCCAUAAUUUGGUGGUCAGCGAAAGUGAAAGCAAGCUGAUCACUCCCUUUGAACUCACUGUUGAAGACAGAGAUACCCCUGACAAACUCCUGAAAUUCACUGUUACCCAGAUGCCAGUUCAUGGACAUCUUCUCUUCAACAAUACCAGACCUGUUAUGGUUUUUACCAAGCAAGACUUGAAUGAAAACUUAAUCAGCUACAAACAUGAUGGCACAGAGUCAACUGAAGACAGCUUCUCCUUCACGGUGACAGAUGGCACACACACUGACUUCUAUGUUUUCCCUGAUACAGUAUUUGAAACAAGGAGACCCCAGGUGAUGAAGAUCCAGGUCUUAGCUGUUGAUAAUAAUGCCCCUCAAAUUGCAGUGAAUAAAGGGGCCUCUACGCUUCGCACUCUGGCCACUGGCCACUUGGGUUUCAUGAUCACAAGCAAAAUAUUGAAAGUGGAGGACAGAGAUAGCUUGCACUUUUCUCUUCGGUUUGUUGUGACGGAAGCUCCUCAACAUGGGUAUCUUCUGAACCUGGGCAAAGGAAACCACAGUAUCUCUCAGUUUACCCAAGGGGACAUUGAUGACAUGAAAAUAUGCUAUGUCUUAAAAGAGGGGGCCAAUGCCACAAGUGAUAUGUUCUAUUUUACAGUUGAAGAUGGUGGUGGCAACAAGUUAACCAACCAGCAUUUUCGUCUAAAUUGGGCAUGGAUCUCCUUUGAAAAGGAAUAUUAUCUGAUCAACGAAGACUCCAAAUUUCUAGAUGUCGUUCUUAAACGUAGAGGUUACUUGGGAGAAACUUCAUUUAUAAGUAUUGGCACACGAGACGGGACAGCAGAAAGAGAUAAAGACUUCAAAGGCAAAGCACAGAGGCAAGUGCAGUUCAACCCGGGCCAGACUAGAGCCACGUGGAGAGUGCGGAUCCUGAGUGACAGGGAACACGAGCGCUCUGAGACCUUCCAGGUGGUUCUCUCGGAGCCCGUGCUGGCCGCCCUGGAGUUCCCCGCGGUGACCACAGUGGAGAUCAUUGAUCCAGGAGACGAAUCAACUGUAUUCAUUCCCGAGUCUGAAUAUACCAUUGAAGAAAGUGUGGGGGAACUGUUCAUUCCCAUCAGAAGGAGUGGAGAUGUCAGCCAGGAGCUCAUGGUGAUCUGUUCUACACAGCAAGGAACAGCAACGGGAACGGUGCCGACUUCAGUGCUGUCUUACUCGGACUACAUAUCGCGGCCUGAGGACCACACUAGCGUCGUCCGCUUUGACAAAGAUGAGCGGGAGAGAAUGUGCAGGAUAGUUGUGAUUGACGACUCCUUGUAUGAAGAGGAGGAGAUAUUCCGUGUGCUUCUGAGCAUGCCCAUGGGUGGAAGACUGGGCUCGGAGUUCCCAGGGGCUCAGGUGACCAUCCUCCCGGACAAAGAUGAUGAACCCACCUUCUACUUCGGAGACAUGCAGUACUCUGUGGAUGAGAGCGCUGGCCAUGUGGAGGUGCAGGUCUGGAGAGUAGGUACCGACCUCUCCAGGCCUUCCAGUGUCACUGUGAGGUCUCGGAAAACGGACCCUGCCUCUGCAGAUGCUGGAACAGACUAUGUUGGAAUUAGUCGUAAUUUAGAUUUUGCACCCGGAGUCAACAUGCAGACUGUUCGUGUUACCAUUCUGGAUGACCUUGGACAGCCAGUACUGGAAGGAAUUGAGAAAUUUGAGCUGGUGCUUCGGAUGCCUCUGAAUGCUGCCCUUGGUGAGCCCAGCAAGGCCACAGUGUCCAUAAAUGACUCUAUCUCUGAUUUGCCUAAGAUGCAGUUCAAAGAACGGAUAUACACUGGCAGUGAAGAUGACAGGCAGGUAACUGCAGUGAUCCACAGGACGGGGGAUGUCCAGUACAGGUCUUCGGUGAGAUGCUACACCAGGCAGGGGUCAGCACAAGUGAUGAUGGAUUUUGAAGAACGCCCGAACACUGACGUGUCAAUCAUCACGUUCCUCCCUGGUGAGACUGAAAAGCCAUGUAUCCUUGAACUGAUGGAUGAUACUCUCUAUGAGGAGGUAGAGGAGCUCCGCCUGGUACUUGGCACCCCUCAAAGCACCUCCCCUUUUGGGGCUGCAGUUGGUGAACAAAAUGAAACUCUCAUAAGGAUCCAAGAUGAUGCUGACAAGACUGUGAUCAAAUUUGGAGAAACCAAAUUUAGCAUCACAGAACCCAAAGGGCCAGGAGAGUCUGUGGUUGUAAAAAUUCCAGUGAUUCGCCAAGGAGACACUUCUCAAGUUUCCAUCGUGAGAGUCCACACAAAAGACGGCUCAGCCAUCUCUGGGGAAGACUAUCACCCUGUGUCAGAAGAAAUUGAGUUUAAGGAAGGAGAAACCCAGCAUACUGUUGAAAUUGAAGUAAUCUUCGAUGGAUUACGAGAGAUGCGAGAGGCCUUCACUGUUCACCUAAAACCUGAUGAAAAUAUGAUAGCAGAGACACAGGUGACCAAAGCCAUUGUGUACAUAGAAGAAAUAAACAGCAUGGCAGAUGUCACUUUUCCUUCUGUUCCUGAAGUUAUGUCCUUGCUGCUAUAUGAUGACACUUCCAAAGCUAAGGAGAGUGCUAGACCUGUGUCUGGCUAUCCUGUCAUCUGCAUCACAGCAUGCAACCCCAAAUAUUCAGACUACGACAAGACAGGCUCCAUUUGUGUGAGUGAGAAUAUCAAUGACACUUUGACCCGCUACCGAUGGUUAAUCAGUGCUCCCGCAGGCCCCGAUGGCGUCACCAGCCCCAUGAGAGAGGUGGACUUCGACACAUUUUUUACAUCGUCCAAGAUGAUCACCUUAGACUCCAUAUACUUUCAGCCUGGGUCCCGGGUACAGUGUGCAGCCCGUGCUGUAAACACCAAUGGCAAUGAGGGCCUGGAGCUGAUGAGCCCUAUCAUAACCAUUGGCAGAGACGAAGGUCUCUGUCAGCCUCGUGUGCCUGGGGUAGUGGGCGCCGAGCCAUUCUCAGCUAAAUUACGCUACACUGGCCCACAGGACGCAGAGCACCCAAACCUCAUCAAGCUCACUGUCACCAUGCCACACAUAGAUGGCAUGCUUCCUGUCAUCUCUACCAGGGAGCUCUCCAACUUUGAGCUGACCCUCAGCCCUGAUGGCACAAGGGUGGGGAACCACAAGUGCUCCAACCUUCUGGAUUACACGGAAGUGAAGACCCACCAUGGCUUCUUGACUGACGCUACAAAAAAUCCGGAGGUCAUUGGAGAAACAUAUCCUUACCAGUACAGCGUACCUCUCAGAAGCUCCAGCACCUUACGCUUCUACCGGAAUCUGAACCUGGAGGCCUGUCUGUGGGAGUUUGUGAGCCACUAUGACAUGUCAGAGCUCCUGGCUGACUGUGGAGGCACCAUUGGAACUGAUGGACAGGUCCUAAACCUAGUGCAGUCCUACGUGACCCUGCGAGUUCCUCUGUAUGUUUCCUAUGUGUUCCAUUCCCCAGUUGGAGUAGGAGGCUGGCAGCAUUUUGAUUUGAAGUCAGAGCUCCGUCUGACUUUUGUGUAUGACACUGCCAUCUUGUGGAAUGACGGGAUUGGCAGCCCACCGGAAGCUGAACUCCAAGGUUCUCUCUAUCCAACAAGCAUGCGCAUCGGUGAAGAGGGGCGCCUGGCCGUGAACUUUAAGACAGAGGCUCAGUUCCAUGGCUUAUUUGUGCUGUCACACCCUGCCUCCUUUACCAGCUCCAUGAUUAUGUCGGCUGAUCAUCCCGGCCUGACUUUUUCCCUCCGCCUCAUAAGAAGUGAACCAACCUAUAACCAACCUAUCCAGCAAUGGAGCUUUGUCUCUGACUUUGCAAUACGUGACUACUCAGGAACUUAUACUGUAAAGCUGGUGCCAUGCACCACACCUUCCAGUCAGGAGUACCGCCUCCCAGUCACCUGCAACCCUAGAGAGCCAGUCACCUUUGACCUUGACAUUCGAUUCCAACAGGUCAGUGAUCCAGUGGCAGCUGAGUUUAGCUUGAACACCCAGAUGUACCUACUCUCCAAGAAGAGUCUCUGGCUGUCGGAUGGAUCCAUGGGAUUUGGACAAGAGAGUGAUGUUGCUUUUGCAGAAGGCGAUACAAUUUAUGGUCGUGUCAUGGUAGACCCGGUCCAGAAUCUAGGUGACUCCUUCUACUGCAGCAUUGAGAAGGUUUUCCUUUGCACUGGAGCUGAUGGCUACGUUCCCAAAUACAACCCAACAAAUGCGGAGUACGGAUGCCUAGCUGAUUCUCCUUCACUCUUGUAUAGAUUUAAAAUUGUGGAUAAAGCUCAGCCAGAGACACAGGCCACCAGUUUUGGAAAUGUCCUGUUCAAUGCUAAACUAGCAGUGGAUGACCCUGAGGCCAUUCUCCUAGUGAAUCAGCCUGGAUCUGACGGAUUUAAAGUUGACUCAACACCACUCUUUCAGGUUGCUCUGGGCCGGGAAUGGUACAUACACACCAUUUAUACGGUAAGAUCGAAAGACAACACCAAUCGAGGCAUUGGCAAAAGAAGUGUGGAGUACCAGCACCACACUCUCCUGCGGCACGGGAAGCCCCAGGAGUCUACCAAGAACAGGAAGAAGAGGGAGAUCAGGAGCACGCCCCCACUGGCAUGGGAAAUCGGUGCUGAAAACAACAGAGGAACAAACAUCCAGCACAUUGCCCUGGAACGCACCACCAAGAGGCAGAUUCCUCAAGGGAGAGUUCCUUCUGAUGGUGUCCUGCCACGGGAGCUCAACAGUCCCAGCUCCGAGCUUAGCCUGGUCACUGUCGUGGGAGGCGUUGCAGUGGGAUUGCUCACCAUCUGCCUCACGGUAGUCACAACAAUGAUGUGCAAGAGCAAGAAGAACACCGGGGGGAAGGGCGCCCCAAAGGGCUCAGGCAACAGCAAGCCCAUGAUGUCCCCACCGAGCCACCAUGGGGACAGCUCAGAGGUAUGAUGACCACAAGUCAGAGUCAGCCUUUUUCUCAAGUGACUCAGAAAAGACCAAAACAGGACCAGAAAUGCUUCUGAUAGCAGAAAAUUGGGGACUUCUGUGAUGAAGCUCCUCAGAGAACCUAACUGUGCUAAUACACUUUGAUUUGAAUUCUGCCUGUCUCUAUACAUCAAAGGACAAAUUCAGACCACAGAUUUCCUCUUCCCCAUGGGGAGUCAAUGAUGUACCCACAUCUACACAGACAGAGCCAUGGACAGAUGGAAAUGUACUUAUUUUAUGCAUGUUCUCUACACGUUUGAGAUGAACCUGCUUAAAGGUGCUAACAGACUCUCUGGAACUUGAGAGGAGUCUACUGUUAUGGUGUUAGUGUGAACCUUGAAGGUGCAAUUAUCACAUUGUUUAUUCAUUGUAUAAUCAGUGAUUACUAGAAAGGUUUUAAGUGGUAGUCUGGAAGAAAGACAAACACACAGUUUACUAUGACAAGUUUUCUAGGUGAAGACAGCAUAGAAUUAGGACCAGGGCUAACUGAACCCACAAAUCACCUUUUCUACUAUUUGGGACAGAGUGGAAAGGAUAAUAGAAAUGACUCACUUGUUUGAAUUUGAAUUGCUUUUCAUCCUCCUCAAAUCCUCUUUGUUUCAUUUGCUAUUUAAUUUUAAAUUAAACCAAAGAAUAUGUUAAUUCUAGGAAGGAUUUUUAUAAAUAGAGCUCUUGCAUGGCAAUAUAUCUUAUUGGUGCUUAACAAUGAGAGGGUGUGUGACAUUUUUAUGACAAAGAAACACCAUCGAGUCAGAUUCACUGCACGACAAUGUUCUGUAAGAAUUGAGCCUAGAUAUUUGCAGUAUUGAACCAUAAAUGAUACUGAGAAACAUAGUUACAGAUGGUGAAGGGAGAAAGUGGUAUUUAUUAAUAUAAUAUGUAUAACCAGAGUGACUUUUAUACAUAACUUGUAGAAUAAAAGAACAUUUUGACAGGUGACAUAUGAGGUGAUUCCUCAGAGUGGCACAGCCAGACAAAAACAUCCAGAAUUUAAAAUCAGCUGUAGGAUAUUUUACUAGAUUUCUAAUCACAUCUGAUCAAAACAAUGGAAAUCUCUGCAGUGCCAUUCCAGGAGUAGUCUUCCAGGUGGCCAGCCUGUUGAUCACAUUCUUUUUUCAUCUAAGAAGAAAGCAUCAUUCUCUGGCAUCCUCAGAUCAGGGAGUUGGGGCUGUGAGGUCCCUCUUAUGCCCUGAAUAUAAUUUGUUAGCACAGUUAAUUAUUCCUCCUAAAACACCAAGGAAAUUCAAUGAGCUUCACUAGCAACCCUCCCAUCACCUUUCUGCAGAUACUUUUUUUUUUAAUCAAAUGGCAGAAUGUAGUCAGGAAGUGAAAACUUCAAUAGUUUCAUGACCAGUCUGCCAAAAGCCACUAAAUAUAUUUCAAACAAAAAUAAGGCUGAGAGAAACGAAGUGAUGCCUAAAGUACGCCAAGUGCUGACCUUAAAAUACUGCCUGGAAUUCCUUCCGAGUCCUAGCCAGUCUCUUACCAGGUGGACAUCCUGGUGGAAGGGAGGUUUUGGGACAGAAAAUGCCUCCUCAGUAACACAGGCACAUUACACUUGGCACCUGAAAGCACCAGCCAGCUCUUGAUUGAGAAAAGGAAGCGAUACUGGUAUUAGAAGAGAAGUGAAACUUGGCAAAUACUUGCCUCCUUUCUUUUAGGCAGCUCUGCACUUCGCAUUAAAAGUCUUAGAAUGAAUAAAGUAGACUGUAGUAUCUUCUGUGGGACAGUCUACAAGUGUCACCCGCAUCUCAAGGAUUCCCCACAAGAAGUUAUAGAAACAGAAAGUACUGUACAGUCUAGGAGUUCAUUUAUCAAAGUUAGUAAUGAUACUUUCUUAAUUAUCCCCCUUUCUUUUUGCUUUAUCUACUGGCAGAUGCUUAGAGGUAUUCUUGGCUACCUCAUAAUUAGCAUGGGAAUUAACAUGAAUUAAGCAGCUUCAAACUGUGCGUGGGGGUUUUACUAUUUAACACUAGGCUCAAUUUAUGAAAACUUAGAGCUAGAAUUCUCAAUCAACGUUCUGACACUUUAGUAGUGGGAUUCUUAGCCUAUCUUCACGUCGCUAUAUGACAGAUUUGUUUUGAGCCUUUCAACCAACUUAGCUUUACACCAAAUUUUACCCUACAAUUUGUUGUUCUAAAGAGGUUAUCAUCUAUA